AUGCCAGGCGUCGUCGAUACGCCCGGCGGGCCUCUGUGGCCGGGGUUGGGAUACACAGUCGCACACCAGAAAGUUGAGCUGGAGGUGGAUUUUGCGAGUCGAAGCCUCAAGGGAAAGACGGAAAUCACGAUGCAUCCGCAUUACAAGGAUCUGCGAGUUAUCCGUUUGAAUUUCAGACAGGGCGAGCUGAAACGCAUAAACGUCAAUGGAAAGGCGCCUACGACCAAAUAUACCGAUCCCUACGAGACUCUUCAGCUGUACGGCCCUCAUUAUCAUCAGCGGUUAUCAUCGAAGAUAGACGGUUUGCUCAAAAGUCCGCCGGCACCAGAUCUCCUCGUUACGAUUCCGAAAAGUGUUCGGAUUGAGGAGCUUGAUCCUUUCUCUCAGGAAGCCCAGGAUCAAAUGACUCUGCGAGCUUCCGGCACCGCCGAAGACACCGACGGACCUCUGAGCUCGAAAGCGGCAGAAACGUCACUCCCACGGUUCUCGGCUCUCACCGUCUACAUCGAGUUUGUGAUUGAGAAUAUUCGAGAUGGACUGCAAUUUGUUGGGGUGGAGAAUGGAGAUAGACGCUAUCCGCAUGCUUACACGACCAACUCGCUCGGUUACGGUGCCGGAUGCCCUCUGUUCCCUUGCGUUGACGACCAUUUAUCUCGCUGUACAUGGGAGAUCUCCGUCAAGUGCCCAUGCUCGUUGGGGGAUAUCUUCGACCGCAAAAGCCGAGACCCGUCUGGAGUCGGUCGGUCAAAAUCGGCACCAGGAGGCAGUCGAUAUAUCUCUCCCGAGGAUGAGACGUUGGACCUCUCAGUGGUGUGCUCCGGAGACAUGACGGAUGAGAUUAUCGACCCGCGGGAUUCCAGCAAGAAGACUGUCUCUUUCGCAUGCAUAACGCCUCUUUCCGCCCAUCAAAUUGGGUUUGCUGUCGGUCCUUUUGAAUACAUCAAUCUCUCUGACUAUCGUGAAAGUGACCAAGACGAGCAGCUAGGCCAGAAUGCUAUUCCCCUACAUGCUUUCUGUCUCCCGGGCAGGGGAGAUGAGGUCAGAAAUACCUGCUUUCCCAUGGCAAUGGCCAUUGACUUCCUCUCUCUGACCUACGGAUCGUAUCCAUUCGCAAGCUACAAAAUGUGCUUCGUGGAUGAUUGCCCCCAAAAUACACUGCCCACUGCAUGCUUGUCAAUAUGCAGCAGCCACCUCAUCUUCCCUGAAGAUAUCAUCGAUCCGAUGUAUGACUCAACGCGUGCUCUUGUCUAUGCUCUUUCGUGCCAGUGGAUUGGUGUCAACAUCAUCCCCAAGGAGCCUGUAGACACCUGGGUCACCGUUGGUGUCGCCUGGUAUAUUACAGACACCUUUUUGAGGAAGCUUUGUGGUAACAAUGAGUACCGAUUUAGGCUGAAACAAAUGUCUGAUCGGGUCUGCGACUUGGACUAUGAACGACCAUCGAUCUACGAUAUGGGAAACAUCUUAAAUCUUGAUCCGUCUGAAAUCGACUUCAUUGCACUCAAGGCUCCUCUUGUGCUGUUUAUCUUGGAUCGAAGGCUGACAAAGGCAAGCGGGAAGGCCACAAUGUCUCGGAUUAUUUCGCGCAUUUUUCUGAAUGCUCGAAUGGGCGACUUACCCAACGGCGCUAUCACCAGUUCGCAGUUUCAAAAAACCUGCGAACGACUCGGUCACGCAAAGCUUGAUACUUUUUUCCAGCAGUGGGUCUAUGGCGCUGGGUGCCCCCGUUUUCAAGCCACGCAGAGAUUCAACAAGAAGAAACUCGUGGUAGAAAUGAUGAUAAAACAGGUUCAGGCCGACCAGCCAAGCACACGUGAUUUGGAUAGGAACACGUUCAUGCGAGACGUCAAGGAAGAGAUUCGAGGCGUUUAUGCUGGGCAUGUUCAGCCAGUCUUCUCCGGCUCCAUGACCAUCAGGAUUCACGAAGCCGACGGUACCCCUUAUGAGCACAUAGUCGAGAUCAAAGAAGGAGUCACCAAAUUUGAUAUUCCGUAUAACACCAAAUACAAGAGACUGAAGCGGAACAAAAGGCAAAAAGAGCGUGCAGCUGCAACAAUAGGUGGCGAUCCCAAUGCAGAAGUCCAGGAGGAUGUAUUGCUGUAUUGUCUUGGCGAUGUACUGCAGACGGAAGAAGAAAUGCAAGAGUGGCGAUUGGCAGAUUGGAGUAAAGAGGACGAGGACCGAAUGGGCCAAGAAUCUUAUGAGUGGAUUCGAAUGGAUGCUGAUUUCGAGUGGAUAUGCAAACUCUCGCUUGUGAUGCCGGGCUACAUGUAUCUCUCUCAGCUUCAGCAGGACCGAGAUGUCAUCGCGCAAUUAGAGUCUCUGCAGUACAUGGCAGCCCAGCGAGAGCAUCCGCUGAUCUCAACCAUCUUUGUUCGAACCCUGAUGGAUCGGAGGUACUUCUACGGCAUUCGUGCAGCCGCAGCACGAGCGUUGGUAAAACAUGCCAAGGAAGAAGUCAACUGGUUAGGCCUCUUCCACUUGGAAAGAGCUUUUCAAGAGUUAUUCUGUCUUCCGGGAUCUCCUAUGACCCGCUCCAAUGACUUCUCGGAUAGAGCCGCAUACGUGCUCCAGUUAGUGAUACCAGAAGCUAUAUCGAAGGUGCGCGACAAUGACGGAAAGACGCCGAUGAGAGUCAAGCGUUUCUUAUAUGACAAGCUGAAGUUUAACGAUAACUCUAACAAUGAGUAUUCGGACAACUUCUAUGUUGCAACCCUAAUGCGGUCAUUGUGCCACGCUAUGCUCGGGAAAGUUGAAUCUCGUUCCGCGGACAUGGAUGAGUUUGACAUGGAACGCAUGCUUGAAGCCCAGGCGGAAGAAGAACUGGAUAAGGCUGCUAUUGCGGAGAUUGAUCGUUACAGGAGAAUGGAUGAAUGGUCCAGUUCGUUUCAGAACGUCUACUCUCGUGCAGCAUUACACUGUCAACGGCAAUUCAUGCAAGCCAAGAUAUUGGACCUUGACAUCAUGCAGUUCUUGCCAUACACACGGGCCGGCACCUACGAUCUUCUUCGUGCAGAUGCUUUUGAGGGCCUUGUCGAGCUCGACAUGUUCAGAAGUCCCGAACUCCUGAGAUGGUUUCUCUUUACCAUGUCCAGCGACUCUUCUCUCUGGUUCAGGAGACGGCUUCACGAUCUGUUUGGCAAGGCUUUGGCACCGGUUGCUUUUGGCCGCGAGCCUGAAAAAGGGGCGUCUGCUAAUAUGGAUAGCCUGAUUAUUGAGCAAGAAUCUUCAACUGAGAUUCGCCAAGCAGAACUGGCCCGGAAACAAACUGUCACUGGAGCUAUCGAGGCACUCAAAAAGGAGAUAUCCGGUGACCAGGCUUUCAAGGAAUGCCUAUGGGCCGCGUGUAACUCACCUGGUAUUGGCAUUUUGGAACUUUCCGAAUUUGCGGAUCUGUGCCGAAUCUUAUAUGACCCAAUUACUUCGGUGAUGGUGUCGUUGAAGUAUCCGCGGUAUUGGAAAGCCAAGCAUCUUGGAAAGGGCCGCAUGCAUUUCUUCCGAUCAACACGAGUCAGAACAAUUCUCACACCAUCAAAGGAUUCUACAGCAAAUGGAAAACGCAAACGCGAGGAGAACGGGAUGCCUCCUCCCGGCCCCCGUAUCACGUUUAAACAGUCAAAACCGGGUCCUAGUACCCCCUCUGCCAAUGCACAUCAGACUCCCAAACCUCUUCCCAAGCUGCAUCUCCCAGCCUUCUCUGCCUCGCCGGCAUCUCAGCCACCGAAGACGCCGGCCACUCCCUCUACCCCGUCAACCCCAAGUGGUGGUGGUGGGCUCAAGUUAAAACUCAAGUUCGGUCAGAAGCCGAAAUAG